AUGGCUACGUCUAUCCUCGGGGAAGAGCCGAGAUUUGGAACGACUCCCCUGGCCAUGCUGGCCGCCACUUGCAACAAGAUCGGCAACACUAGUCCCCUGACCACCCUGCCCGAGUCUAGCGCCUUCGCCAAAGGGGGCUUCCACCCCUGGAAACGCUCCACCUCCAGCUGCAACCUGGGCUCCAGCCUCUCGGGCUUCACGGUGGCCACGAGCAGGGGUUCCAACGGACUGGCCAGUGGCACGGGCACCGCCAACAGCGCCUUCUGCCUGGCUUCCACCUCACCCACCUCCUCGGCCUUCAGCAGCGACUACGGCGGCCUCUUCUCCAACUCGGCGGCGGCGGCGGGCGUGUCCCCGCAGGAGCCCGGCGGGCAGUCGGCCUUCAUCUCCAAAGUGCACAGCUCGGCGGCCGAGAGCCUCUACCCGCGGGUGGGCAUGGCGCACCCCUACGAGUCUUGGUACAAGUCGGGCUUCCACUCCACGCUCUCGGCGGGCGAGGUGGCCAACGGAGCGGCCUCCUCCUGGUGGGAUGUGCACACCAACCCGGGCUCCUGGCUUGAGGUGCAGAACCCGGCGGGGGGGCUGCAGAGCUCGCUGCACUCGGGCGCCCCCCAGGCCUCGUUGCACUCCCAACUGGGCACCUACAACCCCGACUUCAGCUCCCUCACCCACUCCGCCUUCAGCUCCACCGGCCUGGGCUCCACGGCCGCCUCGCACCUGCUCUCCACCAGCCAGCACCUGCUCACCCAGGAGGGCUUCAAGCCCGUGCUGCCCUCUUACACGGACUCCAGCGCGGCGGUGGCGGCGGCCAGCGCCAUGAUCUCGGGCGCCGCCGCCGCCGCCGCCGGGGGCGGCUCGGCCCGCUCCGCCCGCCGCUACUCGGGCCGCGCCACCUGCGACUGCCCCAACUGCCAGGAGGCCGAGCGGCUGGGGCCGGCGGGGGCCAGCCUGCGGCGCAAGGGGCUGCACAGCUGCCACAUCCCCGGCUGCGGCAAGGUGUACGGCAAGACCUCGCACCUGAAGGCGCACCUGCGCUGGCACACGGGCGAGCGGCCCUUCGUCUGCAACUGGCUCUUCUGCGGGAAACGCUUCACCCGCUCCGACGAGCUGCAGCGGCACCUGCGGACUCACACGGGCGAGAAGCGCUUCGCCUGUCCCGUCUGCAACAAGCGCUUCAUGCGCAGCGACCACCUGAGCAAACACAUCAAAACGCACAACGGGGGCGGCGGGGGCAAAAAGGGCAGCGACAGCGACACGGACGCCAGCAACCUGGAAACGCCGCGCUCCGAGUCCCCCGACCUCAUCCUGCACGAGGGGGUGGGCGCCGCCGCCCGCGGACCGGGCAAGGAACCUACGGCGGGGCCCGGCGACUCGUAGGGGCAGCGCCGCCGGAGCCGCUCGGACUGUGCCCCGCGCCCGCCGGAGGGACGCGAGCCGCCCCCGCCCCGCCGCCGGCGGCGCCCCGGGCCGCAGCGGGGCGGGCCGGGGGACGGCGGGGCCGGAGAGGCGCGGCCCCGUCCCGCCCGGCCAGUAGGUACCGAGUGACACUUUCUUCCGUUUCCCUUUUCUCUUUCUGUUGGAAGGCAAGCAUCCUAAGAGAGGCUUAAGGUGAGAAAUACAGCUGCAACUGUGAGACGGUCCCUCUGUAUCUCAUAAACAUCUGUAUAAAUAGGGUUCAAAAAAGAAGAAAAACAGAAAAAAAAAAAAGAAAACCAGAUCGUGUUCCCUUAUUUUUCUUGUAAAUGUUGAUCUGAUAGGGGGGGGUUGGGGAAUUUUUUUUUUAAUUGGUGAAUUCCUGAAAUUCAGGGAGGUUUUGGGGUUCUGAUUAUUUUUUUUUUAUUUUAAAUUUCUGAUGCACUUUGUGGAAGUCAGUAUAUAUGUAAAAGAUAUUUAAAAUGUUGAGUUAACACUUCACUCAAAUACACGUAAGUUAAGGUCUCUUAAAGAAAUUAAAUGCGUUUAUCUGUAUGGAAAAAAUCUUGACAUAUUUUCAUUUUGGUAUUAUUAAAGGACUCUGAACAAUAUACUUACGGGUUUGUUCUUCUUCGUGUCCCCUCCUUCCUCCCUGCCUAGUCCUCGCUGGGGUUACUUUUUUAGUGGGAGCCCUCGCACCCUUUUCCAUCGUCCUUACAGUCACUGUGAUUAAAAAUACAGCCAGCAGUGAUAUAGCUGGGAGGGGAUGGGACCGGCCCCCGACUCAGGCGCACUGAACCACUCUGCUCGCUCUUUUCAAACCGCCUUUGCUUUGAUUUACUUAAAAAAAACAACCCAAAACAAACAAACAAACAAAAACCCAGACAAAUUUUAACCGAGUCCGAGCCCUGCUACAGCUGGAAACCAUGCUGAGACCUAAGUGUCUUUAGUGAAACUGUUCCCAAAAUCGAGUGAAGGCAAACUGUGCUGAGGAACUAUUUAUUUAAUUUUAAAAGCCUUCAGCGCCACAAGGCUGCCUAGGCUGGGAGGUGAUCUCGGGGGAAUAAAUCGCUAGAGUCAAUACUCCGGAAAAGACAUUUCAUGCCUAAAUGAAAAUCUUGUUAAAUGUUAUUAAUUUUGACUUAGAGCACACAGCAGCCCCCUGUGCCUUGUAUUCCCUUAUUAGGGAUUCAUGUCUUAUCAAAUAUCUAAUUAAUCUCCUAGACAUCAUUUGUUCUGGCCAACUUUAUCUCAGCUGGUCCACGGGGAAAACUCCGAAUAUUCUCGGUGACAAAGCUCCCUUGAAGAUCCUUUUAAUUGUCCAAAUUAACUGCACCAAAUUUGCAUGUCAAACGGUAAAGGGCAACCUAAGAUAAAAUGUAAACGUUUUAAAAGCCCCAAACUAAGCA